AUGGACAGCUUCUGGCAGCUGGGGGAUGAGCUCCGGGGGCAGCUGAGGGUCUCGGAGGACCAUCAGUGGUCGGUGAUCACCUCAAAACUGGCCGAGCUGACAGUGGCGAAGGGGGAGCGCAUGAACUACAUCGAUCCCUCGAGGAUCCUCAUGGAAGCCAAACCCAAAGAGAGGGUUGGGUUCCAGGAGGACAACGGCAAGUUCGAGAAUCCGAGCCUCCACGCUAUGAAUUUGGACUUCAAGGUGAACGACGCCAUAGACAAGAUCUCUCUCCGCAACGGCAUGUACGGGAUGAACACUGUCUACACGAGGAACAACAACAUCAACAACCUCAAUGACAACAACAAUGCCAGCAGCUUUAAGCUGAAGACUGUCAGCAGCAAGUAUGUGGGCAGUAAUAACAGCAAAGAGAUUAACAACAUCUCCAACAUUUCUAGUAAUAAGAGCAAUACCAACAACAACAACAACAGUGGCACCAUCGCCACCGCCAACAAGAAUAGCAGCAGCGGCAACAACAACAGCAACAGUAACAACAGCAACAGUGCAAAUGCCGAUAAGCGUUUCAAGACAUUGCCAUCUACAGAGAUGCUGCCACGGAACGAGGUUCUCGGAGGGUACAUCUUCGUUUGCAACAACGACACCAUGCAAGAGGAUCUCAAGAGGCAGCUCUUUGGUGAGUGCCUUCUAAUCAUCUCUUCUUCGAAAAGUCUCUGCACUUAUGUUCUCCAGAUGUUUCUCUAGCACAUCUAAUCCUUUCUUCUCUUCCCCUUUCUUGGGCUUCAGCCCUGUUUAUUUCUCCCUCCCCUUCAAUGGCACUUUAAUCUUCUGAAAAAGAGAAAAAAAAUCAUUGGCCCCAAAUACCAAAAUAACUAUUCCCACAUUUCCAUUUUUGAAAGGCCAAUUCACAGUAUAGUUUAUUCACAGGAUGUCUAUUUCUCAGGUUUGCCGCCAAGGUACCGUGACUCUGUCAGGGCAAUAACCCCAGGAUUACCCUUGUUCCUAUACAACUACACAACUCACCAGCUACAUGGGAUUUUUGAGGUGAGCCUUAAUGGUGCAUGUGAGAUGCAUGGUUCUAAUUUUUGGCUUAUGAUGGGAUAAGAUGGAUUCUAUUAGAAGCCAAAAAUACCUUCUUUAAAAAAUACUUUUGAAUACUAUGCAUUAGUUAGUAUGUAUAACUUGUCUGAUAAUGUAUCACAUUCAACAAAUGGAUUAUUAUUUUUUGAGUAAUUCGUGAAUUACAGUAUCAAAACAUAUUUAUUUCAAGAAUCAUGUGUUAGCCCCUUUGUGGCCUCUUGAAAUCUAUUUUGCACUAAAAAAAGGCCCGUUGUGAGCUUGGCCGCGGGAUCUCAAGUUCCCUGAAAUGAGCCUACUUUCCCCAGCCCCCCUCCCCUGUAGCUGGAAGGUGGAAAUAUGAGGAUCUGUGAUCAGGGUUGCCCAUUCUCCUGUGUGAGAAAAUGGACAACCUUCUUAUUUGGAGUUUUUUCGCUGCCAUGAUGUAUAAUCUCUCUCUUUGCUUUAAUUCACAACAGUGAGAGAAAAUGGACUCCGGGCUGAGAGCCCCAGUGUGCGAGAGAUAUUAACUAAUCAACGUCCCUAGAAUGACUCUUCUCUUGAAGCAUAUAUAUAUAUAUUAUUAUUUAUUUUAAUUCUCUCACUUUCAGGCUGCCAGCUUUGGGGGCACCAACAUCGACCCCACGGCCUGGGAAGAUAAGAAAUGUAAAGGCGAGUCCAGAUUCCCUGCCCAGGUAAAUCUUGAAGGGGAAAGGAAGAGAGAGAGAGAGAGGGGGGAGGGGGAUCUCUUCUGUCUGAAGGAGGAGGGCUUUUGUUUUUUAGAAACGGGUAGGUUAAGCUGAUGGAUGAUGGGGGUCUGCAACAGGUCAGGAUCCGGGUGAGGAAGCUGUGCAAAGCACUCGAAGAAGAUGCCUUCAGGCCGGUUCUCCACCACUACGACGGCCCUAAAUUCCGCCUUGAGCUCUCCAUACCUGAGGUCAGCCUGAGUUCCUUUCCCUUUUUUUUUUCUUUUUUUUUUUUUUUUUUGUUCCUUCUACGAUUGUGUCAUGGGUUGUGAAAUCCAUUCUCCUGUACCUAUGCAUUUAUCUCUCUCCCAUACAACCUAUGCUUCAACCUGGCUGCCUCUGUUGGGAUGAUCUCGACUCCCUCUCUCAUACAAUCGCUACCCUCUCUCUCUCUCUCUCUCUCAAGCUCGUAGCGUUGAUUUUGCAGACCUUGGCGCUACUGGAUCUCUGCGAACAAGGGGACAUGUGA